GCACCCAGCUUUCCAGGACCCCUUUUAUAUCUACACGACAGACGUAACUUGCACCAAGCAGCCCGAUAUUCCUCUUUCUCUCUUUCUCUCUCACACAAGACGCAAAAAUGGCCACAACCCCCCAGCAACAAACCGCCGAGCGCAUAAUCCGCCACAACAAGCUGCGGUACCUGCACUGCGUGGACGGGGGCAAGAUCGACGAGCUGCAGGAGCUGUUCCUGCCGUCGGCCAGCUUCACCUUUUACGAGCGCGACGGCUCCGUCGUCAACAAGUUCGGGCUCGAGUGGCACUUUGCCUCGGGCGCCGCCUACUACGCCUUUCUGCAGGCCUCGGUCGGCGCCCAGCCGUACCAGAUGAUCCACAUGAUCGACGCCGGCCUCUUUGAGCACGUGUCCGACGACGAGGUCCGCGUCGUCUGGACCCUCUUCUACAAGAGCGGGCCCCUCGACUCCCUCGACAAGGGCCACCAGGACUGCGGCGCCCGCCUGCACGAGACCUGGAAGCGCGUGCCCGGCAAGGACGACUGGCUGCUGGCCCGCAUGGAGCUCAGGAACAUUUACGCGCGGAUCGUCGAGUAAAAUAGAACGUUACUCGGGGGCUGUUCGUUGGGGGCCCCCUUUGCAUGGGGGGUAUCACUGGAUUUUAUAUGGGAAAAUGCACAAUAUGUAUCACACUGUGAGCCUCAACUGUCUGCAACUUGGCAACUACGCCAUUGGGACUUAAUCCAAGUAAAUAGGUAUACAAGUAUCGUAUUUGAC